CUGUCCUAUUUUUGGUUGAAUUCUCUUGAUACCUAGCGACAUCUAAUUUUCCAAAUCCAUUCAUAAAAUGAAUAAGUUACAGUGAACUGUAGGUAGUAAGCUUAGAGUUAUAAAAUCUCAAAUUUAUUUCAGGCCAUCGAUCGACGCCUCCGUGUAAAGAUGCCCGACGCCGACGCUUUGGCAUCGCGACGCCUGGAAUAAUCCAUAAAUAUUGUUUUCCUCGUCCAUCUCUGUUUAUUUUUAAGAAUUCAACAAAGACAAAAGUUGCCAAAAACAUUUCACAGCAAAAUUAUAACCUAGUCGGCAUUGGAAAUAAAUUUUAAUAAAUAUGAGUGCUCGUUUAGUUUGAAACAAUCGGUGAGUCAACAAAACAAUUAGAAUGAUUUUUACUAUAGUGCCCAGACAUUUUUAUUUAAAACAUCUCGUGUAGUCAAGUUUAUUUUUAGUGUGACCGAAAUGUGUUGAUAUUGUUUAAUUAUGAUGUGGAAAGUAUAAGGUACCUAGCCUGAAAUAUUUUGAAUAACCAUAUCUACUAAUAGAUUGGAAUUUCUAAAUUUGGUUCAAAAAAUUGUUCUUGAUAUGGAGGGAUACCUAAGUGUGGACCCUAACGCCGGAACGUCCUCGCAUUUAAGCUCUUUUAACACAGACAACGCCGAUUCCACAUCGAUAUGUCCUCUAAUAACACCUUCACCGCCCACCAAUGCUCUAGUCGAUUCAGUGCCAGAGCCGAUAGAACCCAUUUAUCAGAUUGGUGAAGCGUUAGCUGAGAAAUUGCAGAAAGUCCAUGAUACCGACAAAUGUGACGUAGAUUCUAUGUCCUCUGCAUCUUCAUCCGAACAACCAGCAUCGACUCAACUUCUUGAUGGAACUAGCUUCCUCAAUAUGCCUGCCGAUGAAGAAGCAGGCACAGAGGGCGGCAAAAUAACUCCCCUGGAGCUCACAUUCCGCAACCCUACAGAGGACUACUUCUUCAUGUCCUGGAACUGGCCGGUUAUUCGUAAAAUAUCCCUUUACAUUUAUAUUUCUGUUUUAAUUGGAAUGGUAGCUUUAGUAGUGAGUCUUAUAGCAACUUUACCAAAAACUUGCAACCCUCCUACAGAAUGGUACCAAGGCAAUUUAUUUUAUGAAAUUUUUCCUGCAAGUUUCUACAGACCUAAUCAAACCAGGGAAGGAAAUCUUGAAGGUGUCUCUGUGAAAGCUGACUAUUUGAUGAAGCUUGGUGUUAGAGGUGUAAGAUUAAAUUCUAUAUUUACUUCACCACAUUAUCCGAUAGAUUAUGAAAAUGCUUCCACAUUAACUGAAAUAGAUUCCAAGCUCGGCACACUAGAAGACUUUAAAAAUUUGGUUCGACAUCUGAAGUCGAGAAAUAUGUCAUUGAUUCUAGAUUUACCAGUUUCAUCGUUUAUCCAAAAAGCAUCAUUAAUGAGAAAGCUUCCUAUUACAAUAACUAGAAAUGCAACUGAAGAACCUAAUGAUUUUUUGAAUAUAAGUUAUGAUUUUGAACCAGUAGAAGAAGCCAUGCAAUAUUGGCUAUUACAUGGUGUAGAAGGAUUUUACCUAAAGGGCUUGGAAAGUCAUGCAACAGAUUUCUAUACUGCAAGAUUAAUAAAAAGAUGGAAAAAAUUACUUGGACCUAAUAGAAUUUUGAUAAUUAGUGAAGAAGUAGUUAAUCUAACUCCUAAAGAAAAUUCGAAUAUUAUUUUAAACCAUGUCGAUUUGGUGGAUGUAAAGCUAAAUAUUGAAAAAGGAGUAGCUGAAAUAAUACAACAAAUAGAUGCUGUUCAAAAUGGUUCACUAUUUUCCAGACCUGGAACUCCUUGGGUGCACUGGUCAAUAGGAAACGUUAAUUCAAACCGACUGGCUAACAUAUUGCCUUUCGGAAAUGCCACUCUUGGGGCAACUCUUCUUCAAAUGAUGUUACCUGGUACUCCAUCUAUUUUCUAUGGAGAUGAAAUUGGUCUCAAUCAAGUUCCAGAUGAUGACAGGAAGGAUAUCAAGCAUCUUCGUCAACUUACGAUGAUGCCAUGGCAAAAUGAGCAUAUCGCCUGGAAAGUACAUCCGUGGCUCUAUGGUGGCGAUACUGUAGCACAUUUCACACAAAUCGAAGCAAUAAUUCGAAUGGUAGAAUUAAGAAAUCAAUCCCCAUCUAUUUACAUGAAUGCAGUAUACAAACAAGGCGUUAAUAAAGCUAAUGCAGAAGUCAAAUAUUCACAAGAAAACUUUUUGGUUGUUCAAAGAUGGUACCCGAGAAGGAAAUCGUAUGUUGUAGCAAGUAAUUUAGGCAGCACAAAAAUAUCAGCUGAUUUGUCAUUAUUGUUAUAUUCAGGCCAAGUUAUAGUAGGUCCUAGGAUAGAUUCGACCCCAGAAACUAUUUCGUUCAAAGAAGUCAAUUUGUGGCCAGGUGAAUCGGUUGUUAUUGUUUUAGAUUAGAUUUUUUACGCUCAACAUAUUAAGUAGAUUAAGUAGGUUUGAUUCAAUUUUUAUAUACAGCGUGAUUACAAAAUAAUCAUCAGGAAAUAUAGGCUAUUUUUUACCGACUAGGUACAUACCUAUUGAUAUAAUAAUUGCACGAUACAUCGAAAAAAAGGGAAACUUUCCAACUGUCAAUUCAUUUACUUGUGUUCACCUCAAGUGACACGUCCAGAUCUCUACUAAGCAUAUCUAUUCCUUAGGUUGGAGUAUGUUUCCUGUCUGUGCCUAUACCCCCUAAUAGUAGGCUAUUUUUCGGGACAUAAUUUUUCCAAAUAUGAUAAUCGAUUAUGUUGUGUAAUUUGAGGAUUACCCAACAUAAUCGAACGUAAUCUUUAGGAAAAUUAUUUCGCGAAAAAUAGCCUAGUUAUUCAUAAAAUCUCAACCAUAAUAAAGCCAAAACCAAAAUCAUCAAACUACCGGCUGGAUUCUCAUAAAUCCUUUCAUAACUGGCUUUCCAAAGACUUUGGUUUUAUGACUUAGAUUUUAUGGAUAACCAGGAAAACUUCACUCUAACCAUUGACCCGAUAAUUAUUUCGCAAUCACGAUCUAUUUUAAGUUUAAUUGACAACUGAGACGUUUGGAAAAUGAUAUAGGUAUAUUUUUUUAGAAUAUAUGUUACAGCCAGCAGCUGUAUUGUAUAAGCAACAUCUGAGCAACAAUUUUUUUUUGACGCAGUAAAGUUUAUUACAAAAAGUUCA